AGCUUGACGCUGGUUGUCCGGCAGCCACGUCACCUCCCCUGAGACAGCUGAGCUCUCCUCUCCUCUCCUCUCGGACAAGUUUGGACUCCGUUAGUGGAUUUAAUAUCACUUUAUAUCACUUUAAUAAGUGUCGUGAUAAAGAAGAGAAGAAGUGGAACAAUAAAGGCUCUUCACUUUCCCGCCGUUAGCUUGUUUUAUUGCAGCGUUUGGAGUUUUGUCUCUUCUUUUUCUUUCUUUACACUCCGAGAGUUUGAUUCUUUUUUUCGGGCUGAAGAAGUUCACCGUGUCUGCUGUGGUGAACAGUGUCUGCUGUGGUGAACCGUGUCUGCUGUGGUGAACCGUGUCUGCUCAGAAACUCUUUCAAACUUUUCUUUAUUCAAGCGGAACUGAAGCGACAUGAAUAUCUUCCGUUUGGCCGGUGACGUGUCACAUCUGUUGGCCAUCAUCAUCCUGUUGGUGAAGAUAUGGAGGUCCAAAUCCUGUGCAGGGAUCUCGGGGAAGUCUCAGGUGCUGUUUGCACUCGUCUUCACCACCAGGUACCUGGACCUGUUUACGGUCUUCAUCUCUGCGUACAACACAGUGAUGAAGGUCGUCUUUCUGGCUCUGGCGUACGCUACCGUCUACCUGAUCUACAUGCGCUUCAGGAACACGUACGACUCCGACAACGACACGUUCCGCGUGGAGUUCCUGUUGGUGCCCGUCAUUGGACUCUCCUUCCUCGAGAACUAUUCUUUCACCCCCAUGGAGAUCUUGUGGACCUUCUCCAUCUUCCUGGAGGCGGUGGCGAUCAUGCCGCAGCUUUUCAUGAUCACAAAGACGGGUGAAGCAGAGUCCAUCACCACCCACUACCUGUUCUUCCUGGGUCUGUACCGAGCCCUCUACAUCGCCAACUGGGUGUGGCGUUACCACACCGAGGGCUUCUUUGACCAGAUCGCCGUCGUGUCCGGAGUCGUGCAAACCAUCUUCUACUGCGACUUCUUCUACCUCUACGUGACCAGAGUUCUUCGAGGAAGAGGGAAGAUGAGUCUGCCGAUGCCCAUUUAGUGUGUGUGUGUGUUUCUGUCUGUGUGUGUGUGUGUGUCUGUGUGUGUGUGUGUCUGUGUGUGUGUGUGUGUGUGUGUGUGUCUGUGUGUGUGUGUGUGUGUCUGUGUGUGUGUGUGUGUGUGUGUGUGUGUGUGUGUGUCUGUGUGUGUGUGUUUCUGUCUGUGUGUGUGUGUGUGUCUGUGUGUGUGUGUGUCUGUGUCUGUGUGUGUGUGUGUGUGUGUGUGUGUGUGUGUGUCUCUGUCUGUGUGUGUGUGUCUGUGUGUGUGUGUGUUUAAUCUAUCAAACUGUAAAUGAAAUAUUGGUGCAGCACUCCGCUGGUUUCAUGUAGCUUCAGUUUCCACACAAUCUAGAUCCAGAUCUAUGAAACCAGUUCUCUCUCUCUCUCUCUGUCUCUCUCUCUCUCUCUCUCUGUCUCUCUCUCUCUGUCUCUGUCUCUGUGUCUCUCUCUCUUUCUCCUCUCUCUCUCUCUCUCUCUGUCUCUCUCUCUGUGUCUCUCUCUGUCUCUGUGUCUCUCUCUCUUUCUCCUCUCUCUCUCUGUCUCUCUCUCUGUCUCUCUCUCUCUGUCUCUCUCUCUGUCUCUGUGUCUCUGUCUCUCUCUCUGUCUCUGUGUCUCUCUCUCUUUCUCCUCUCUCUCUCUUUCUCCUCUCUCUCUCUGUCUCUCUCUCUUUCUCCUCUCUCUCUCUCUCUUUCUCCUCUCUCUCUCUCUCUCUUUCUCCUCUCUCUCGCUCUCUCUCUUUCUCCUCUGUCUCUCUCUCUCUCUCUCUUUCUCCUCUCUCUCUCUCUCUCUCUCUCUGUCUCUCUCUCUCUCUUUCUCCUCUGUCUCUCUCUCCUCUCUCUCUCUCUCUGUCUCUCUCUCUCUCUUUCUCCUCUCUCUCUCUCUCGGUCUCUCUCUCUCUCUCUGUCUCUCUCUCUCUCUUUCUCAUCUGUCUCUCUCUCUCUCUGUCUCUCUCUCUCUCUGUCUCUCUCUCUCUCUUUCUCCUCUGUCUCUCUCUCUCCUCUCUCUCUCUCUCUCUUUCUCCUCUCUCUCUCUCUCUGUCUCUCUCUCUCUGUCUCUCUCUCUCUCUUUCUCCUCUGUCUCUCUCUCUCCUCUCUCUCUCUCUCUCGCUCGCUGCAGCGGGAUGAUGAAUCAAUAAGUGAAUAUCCGUCUCACAUGUUUUUAUUAAAAAGUCAACAUCAUGUUUAUGACAUCAUGUGAUCAUUAAAGGUGUGUCGAUGA